CUUGGCUAUACAGACUUGAGAUGAUAUUCCAUCCACUCUAUUCACAACGCUAGGUUGACAACUCCAUUAAUUUUGGCCAUUCGUCAAGAUGGGGUUUCUAGAAACACUGCCUCCUAUUAAUGCGUUCCAAUCUCUCCAAUACAUCAUCUUUUUAGCGAUUGCAGGCUUGGUCAUAUACUUGGUUCAGAAUGAAAUUGCUCGAUAUCGUAGCAGAAUAAAAAACCUCAAUGGUCCUCGCGGAUGGCCCGUGGUUGGGAACCUCUUCCAGCACCGCGACGUGAUACCCGCCGAAACUUACAGGAGAUGGUCUCUCAAAUACGGCCCAGUCUUCCAGAUCCAGCUCGGCAACACGACCGCGGUGGUCAUCAACUCGGCGCGAGCAGCCAAGCAGCUGUUCCUAGGGCAAAGCCACGCGAUGAACUCGCGGCCGAUGUUCUACGUGUUCCACAAGAAGGUCAGCAAGGCCGUGACGAGCAUCGGGACCAGCCCCUGGGACGAGAGCUGCAAGCGCAGGCGCAAGCUGGCCGCGGGCGCGCUGAACAGGACGCGCGUGGACACGUACGGGCCCAUCCUGAACCUCGAGGCGCGCGAGUUCCUGAAGGACCUGUAUUCGGCGUGCCGCGACGGGACCGUCGAGAUCGACUUCCGGCCCGCUGUGAAGCGGUUCUCAUUGAACCUCAGCCUGACGCUGAACUACGGGACGCGCGUGUCGAGUGUCAAGUCCCUGACCGACGACCCCUUACUCUCGGAGAUUAUCUACGUCGAGAGCGAAAUCUCCAAGUUUCGCGACACUGGGAAGAAUUAUGCGAACUACAUCCCUUUGCUGCGGUAUUGGGAGCCCCUGGCGCAAUUCUUGGGACUCGGUGCGCAGCCGAAGAACCACGCUGCGGAUAUUGGGCGUCGCCGAUUAGAGUAUAACAAUAUCCUCCUGGAGAAGCUGAAGGAUGAGGUGCAGAAGGGUGAGGAUAAACCGUGCAUUCAGGGGGCGGUACUCCGGGAUCCGGAAUCUGCGACUUUAACAAGAGAGGAGCUUAUCAGCGUCAGCUUGAGCAUGAUGGCGGGGGCCGAUUCGAACCAACCUACGCUUUCUUGGGCCUGUUUGCUUCUCGCCCACAGGCCGGACAUACAAGAGAAGGCUUACUUGGCAAUUAGAGAUGCGGGUGUUCUCGGCUUACCCUCAACCGCAUAUGGUUCGACGAAAGUCGAGUACAUCGAUGCCCUAACGAAGGAGAUCUCCAGAUAUUUCGUGGUGCUGAAGUUAGCUCUCCCCAAGGCCACUUAUACCGAUGUGAUUUGGGAGAGCGCUACGAUCCCCGCAAACACGCUGGUGUUUCUGAAUUCCUGGGCCUGUAAUCGAGGUAUGUCCUAAGUCUACCGCUCAAAGUACCUACAGAUGUGACUGUCGGCUUAAGACCAGGCUUUUCCCACUCUAGAUCCAAAACUAUUCACCGAACCAGAUGCCUUCAUCCCCGAACGUUGGCUCAAAGAUGCUUUCAAUAUACAUGCUCACCAAUUCGCGUUCGGUAUCGGUGGGCGGAUGUGCGUAGCGUCGCAUCUGGCUCACAAUGCUCUAUAUACGGUGUUCUUGCAUCUGAUUGCGCAUUUCCAUAUCCUUCCUGCCGAGGGAGAAACUAUGGAGGCAAUCGAUCCCAUCAAGGGACUGAAGGGGAUGGCUUUCGUCGGCACGCCACGCGGAUGGCGCGCUAGAUUCGUGCCAAGGGAGGGUGAAAAACUUGCGA